GAAAGGUUUGGGCGGGGACCCGGGUGGCGGCUGCCGACUCGUGGAUUCCGGCUGCCUUGCGGGACUGGGAGUGUGGAGCUGGGACCUGGGCACUCCCUCCAGGCGGGCUUGGCCCUGUCGCCUGAGGCCCAUCAGUCACUGAGCAUUGCCUGGCGACAGGCUUUGGGAGCCCCGCCCCCGGUUGCCAUGGCGGCACCAGGACCUGCGGGGGGAACUCCCUAAAGCGGAAAUUCCCCUCUAAGACUUUUGGUAAAUGUAAUUCAGGAACCUCCGCAGGGGCCGGCCAGCUGGGCGAUAGCCUGACUUUCUGCCAGUUGCAGGUCGAACUGGAACCUUGAGGAUCAGAGGUUUGGCUCACGGGACCAGGCGGCCCUCAAAAUCGAAUGCAUCCCCUUAAUAAACUCAGAUUCCCUCACAAAGCCCGUGCCUUACCCGCAGCUGCAGAAGCAACCUCCGGAGGGGCGUCCCCAUUUGCAGAUGAUGAAACUAAGGUUCACAGAGGCACAGCGACCUGCCAGGGAUUCGUGGCAAAUAGGCGAGAUCAGAAUCUUCGACCUAGCUCACAGACUCCCGCUCCCUUGGUCUCAGGACCUUUGUAGGUCCUCUGGGAACUCCCCCGUCACCUCCUAGCUCCACCUAAAUCAGGAAACAGGAUACGAUGGGGCAUUGCACGGUGUGACAAGUUGGGCUCAGGAUAGGGCUGAAUUUGGGGGGGAUGCUACUGGGGGCUUGCACAGUCGGGGGGUGGGGAGGUGACGGUAGGCUUCCCUGUGGAAGGAACCAAGAUGGCAGGGGAUGGUUUGAGACUGGGUGGGAGAGUGGAUGGUGCAAUGAUGGGCUAACAUGGGGGGGAUAGUAGUGGUGGCUGUUGUGGAUGCUCUUUACUUGUCGGGGAGAGCUGCAGGGCAGGGAUGACGUGCGUGUAGAAGGGCAGGAUUCAGGGGAGAGGAAGAGACUUCUGGCCCUAAGAAGUUUUUGGAGCGGGAGCUACCAGAGACUCUGCAGGCUGAGCUAGAGCAAUCAGGAACAGGUGGCUCAUGGAGGGUGUACCAGCCCCACAGGUCCCUGGCAUGUGACUGCCUCUCAUUUGCCCUCCACUCGGGGCAGGUCUGAGGAUAGAACAGCACAGCACACAGUAGGCACUCAAUAACCAUUCCGUGCCACUGUCCUCACUGCAGCAACCUGUUCCUCCCCCAGAGGUAGACACUAGCCUCAGAGCCCAGCCCCCGUAGUUCCAAUGAGGCCUGCAGCAUUGGGCUCCCCAGGACACGUACCCCCAGAGGACAAGAGGCCUGUCGUGGUGAAGCUGGAGGACUCUGAGGAGGAGGAGGCCACCCUGUGGGAUCCUGGCCCGGAGGCUGCACGCCAGUGUUUCUGGCACUUCCGCUACGAGGAGGUGGCAGGUCCCCAUGAGGCCCUGGCCCGGCUGCGCGAGCUGUGCCGCCAGUGGCUGCAGCCUGAGGUGCACACCAAGGAGCAGAUGCUGGAGCUGCUGGUGCUGGAGCAGUUCCUGGGCACCCUGCCCCCAGAGAUCCAAGCCCGCGUGCGGGGGCAGCGGCCAGGCAGCCCUGAGGAGGCUGCAGCCCUGGUCGAGGGGCUGCGUCGGGAGCCGGGAGGUCCCCGCAGAUGGGUCACAGUCCAGGUGCAGGGUCAGGAGGUGCUAUCAGAGAAGAUGGAGCCCCUCAACUUCCAGCCCCACCCUCAAACCAAGCCUCGGACUACAGAACCUGGGCCUGAGACACCUCUUGGGGACACACAGAAGUCACUGCUGAGCCUUCAGGUGAAAGAGGAGCCCGAGGUUACAGAGGACCCAGAGUUUCUGGAUUCUGGGCCUCUAGCCAACCCCCAGGAGGCCACUUCCACUCUCCUGCCUAAGAAGGCCCAGGGUUGUGGGAUGGCACUGGAUCAGGCCUCUCCCCGCAGCGAGACUGAACCUGAGGGGCCUUCAUGGAGAGAACACCCUGAGGCCCUGUGGCAAGAGGAGGCUGGGGGCAUCUUCUCCCCAGGCUUUGCGCUCCAGAUGGACAGUGUCUCUGCUGGCUCAGGCACUAUGAACCCCCACCUACACAUCCCCUGGAACCUCGGUGUGUCCAGCCUCACGGGUCAACUCCGGUCACCCUCCCGAGAAGGUGGCUUCUCACAUGCGCUCGUGCUCCCCAGCGACCCGGGAGGUGAGCAGGACCCCAUGGACGAGGAUCCCUGCCAAGGCAUGGGCCACAUACUGGCCACUGCCCGCUGGCACACCCCCAGGGGUAGGAGCCGGGGACGGGGCCGGGGCCGGGGCCGCCCGAGCACAGGCGCCGGGGCAGUGCGAGGUGGCCGUUGCGACGUGUGUGGGAAGGUGUUCAGCCAACGUAGUAACCUGCUGCGGCACCAGAAAAUACACACGGGAGAACGACCGUUCGUGUGUGGCGAGUGCGGCCGCAGCUUCAGCCGCAGCUCGCACCUGCUGCGCCACCAGCUCACUCACACAGAGGAGCGGCCCUUUGUGUGCGACGAAUGCGGCCAGGGCUUCGUGCGCAGCGCGCGCCUGGAGGAGCACAGGCGCGUGCACACGGGCGAGCAGCCUUUCCACUGCGCUGAAUGCGGCCAGAGCUUCCGGCAGCGCUCCAACUUGCUGCAGCACCAGCGCGUCCACGGCGACCCUCCUGGCCCAGGUGCUGGGCCCCCCGCGCCUCCCAGUGUGCCCGAGCCACCAGGCCCCUUCCCGUGCAGUGAGUGCCGCGAGAGCUUCGCGCGGCGCGCCGUGCUGCUGGAGCACCAGGCCGUGCACACGGGGGACAAAUCCUUCGGCUGCGUGGAAUGUGGUGAGCGCUUCGGCCGCCGCUCGGUGCUGCUGCAGCACCGGCGCGUGCACAGCGGCGAGCGGCCCUUCGCCUGCAACGAGUGCGGCCAGAGCUUCCGUCAGCGCUCCAACCUUACACAGCACCGGCGCAUCCAUACGGGCGAGCGGCCCUUCGCCUGCGCGGAGUGCGGCAAGGCCUUCCGCCAGCGGCCUACGCUCACGCAGCACCUGCGCGUGCACACGGGCGAGAAGCCCUUUGCCUGCCCCGACUGCGGCCAGCGCUUCAGCCAGCGUCUCAAGCUCACGCGCCACCAGCGGACACACACCGGGGAGAAGCCCUACCACUGCAGCGAGUGUGGGCUGGGCUUUACACAGGUCUCGCGGCUCACGGAGCACCAGCGCAUCCACACCGGCGAGCGGCCCUUCACCUGCCCGGAGUGCGGCCAGAGUUUCCGGCAGCACGCCAACCUCACGCAGCACCGGCGCAUCCACACAGGCGAGCGCCCCUACGCGUGCCCCGAGUGCGGCAAGGCCUUCCGCCAGCGACCCACGCUCACGCAACACCUGCGCACCCACCGGCGUGAGAAGCCUUUCGCUUGCCAGGACUGUGGCCGUCGCUUCCACCAGAGCACCAAGCUCAUCCAGCACCAGCGCGUCCACAGCAUGGAGUAGCCAGUGGUCAGUGCACCCCGUCUGCAUCCACCUCCAUGCUGUGCGUGGGAUUAGCAGGACAGAACACCUACCUCACAGGGUUGCUGUGCCUGCGAUCGCAUACAUAGAAGCAGGUCCACCUAGGGCCUGACCCCCCCAGUAGGUGCUCAAUAAACAGUAGAAGGAACCCUGGGUCUGGGUCUUCACACACACAGUGCCUCCCCACCUGCGUGGGUCCCCCUGCCACCCCACCCAUCCACCACUUCCACUGCAACCCUAGGAGAGCCAUGUCCCCCUGCAGAGGUGGCUCCUAGCAGCAGCUGUCCUUGUCUGUCCUAGCGGGGUGCCCCCUAUACCAUGGCUCUUGUACUGUUUGCCCAAGAUGCCUUCGACUCACACAUCCACAUCAAGCCAGCUGCCAGGCGUGGACCUGGACUGGCCCAGUUCUCCCCAGCCAGCCAAGAUUAUCACAUGCAGUAUAAGUAGCAAACGUGCACAGCAGGCCACAGCCGGCCUAGGAUGUGUGUUUGUAAAACUUGAAACCUAGGAAGACAUUUCUUAGGUGUAAAGGCUGGAAGGAUUUAUCUGGAAAUCCACAUUCUUUCAGGACUUUACCUCAUUCUCCCAAGCCCAGCCUCCCCAUGCAAUAUAAACCCAGUUAUUCUCACCCCAACCCCAGCUUUCCAAAUCUGUCCACUUCUGUCCACUCCGAAGCACUGCUCUGAUCCCAGCCACCCAUCUCCAGCCUGGAGGUCCACAGCACUCAGCCUCCCUGCCGGUUCCUGCCCCUCCUUUAAAAAAUGGACACUAUCUUCCCAGCGUCAGUUCCCAGAGGCUAGCCUAACACCUCACUCCUUGCCCGUCACGUUUUGCCUCCUCCCUGCAGGGCUCUGACGCCAGCUUCCCUCAGGGCCUUUACACGUGGCAAGCCCUGUGCCUCCCAAAAGGCUGCAGGCCCAUGGCCUACAGGAAUUCUUGACACCCAAACCACCUGUGCCCCGCGACCACUUGGGUGGCUAUGAGGGUGAGAAGGAACACACAGAUGCACCACUUCCAACCCGCCCCUCUACUUCAGUCUGGCCAUGCCCGACCCAAGGGCCUCGCAUAGCUGGCAUGGUUGAGUCCCACUGCACCGUGGGGAAGCCACGAUGUUAGAGACCACAGAAGUCUAGCUUUGCCUAGUCCAGUGUCACUUCUCCAGGGAACCAAUAUCCUAUCCCCAGAUGGGCCAUCAGCUGAUGGGCCUCAGCAACUGGCCUGAGGAUGAACACCUGGGUCAGGUUGGCCAAUAGAAACUUCCCCCUUGAAACUUUGGCUGGAAACAGCGUGAUGGUCAUCAACCCUAAUGUGGAAAUAGCGUUUAUGAAAAUAAUCAAGAGCAGAACAGCUAAGAACAACAGAGAGGAAGGGUUAAAGGGAGAGCUCGAGUCUGGAGGGGACCUCUGAGUCUCAGGACCAACUAUGUCUGAACCUUGAGAACGCUGGGACGGUUGCAAUUAGCCCCAAACCUGAGCUGUUUGAGGUUUGAGCCCCCAUCCUUAGCCCCUGGCUCCCCUCCAGCACUCAGUUGUCACGGGAGUCAAGAAACGAUGCUGGGAGUGUGAGGCUGGUACAACCAGGGGGUUGAAGGGGGCAUCUGGGUUGGUGGCAUUGAGAAUGGAAGGGCCGAAAGGGGGAGCGAUUACAGAAAUACAGCUGGGAUCAGUCCACGGAGACCAAGGACGCUAAGGGUGACCGACACUCACGGCAGAGCCUCCGCGGAGGCUGGGACCGGGAUAGACGUCAGACCAAGGUGCGAUGAGGUGGAGGCGACUCCUUGAGGUGAGGAUGGGGGAUGGGGCCAAGGUGAGGGCCACGGGCCUGGGCCAGGGCAGGCGGCCGAGAGGAACUUGGCCGACCGUAGCGUGGCCCCAACUGGACCGCCGGGACCAUGUCUCCCACAAUACUCCGGGAGGGGACGGCAAGUUGUUUCAGAGACAGACGGGAACGUGCCGCGGAAGCCGCCUUCGGACCCGGAAGGGCUGAGCUGCAGAGCCCUGGCUGCCCCCACUGGUCCACCCGGGUGCUGGCCAACCCUCGUGACGCCAAUCCUGACCCACCUCACGGUUUCCGCGGUGACAGCCGGAAGUUGCAGAACCCUUGGGACAGGCUGAGCUGUGAUUGAGGGGAGGCUGGCCCCGCCCACAGCGCCCCUGCAGGCGGCUUAAGUUCCUCCUGCGCCCCCGCCGGAGCUCAUGACAGGCGCCGAGAACGACCCCCACCCGAGUGUCCACCCGCAUUACCCUCCAGGGUGCUGACCACUCUGGCACAAUACAUUUUGUUAGUUUACCUCGACUAGAAUCUCCCCGAGCGGGUUCUUUGAUUGGAUUUAAGAUAGAACACGAGGGUACUAGACUCCGCACUCGCUGGGAAACUCCCCUGGCCUCGCCCUGGGAUCUGGCCCGCAGCGAUCACCAUGCCCCUGUCUGUGACCUCCGGGAAAAAACCCCAUUUGACCCACCCCCGCCGCGGUCCGCACUAGUGCAAGUGGGAAUGGGCCGAGAGCGAGCGAAGCAGCCCGCAUCUGCCCCACUUAAAGAUGGCGGCGACAC